UAUACUGUCAGACAGCAGCUCAGAGAAUAAGGAGGUAACAAGAUUGAAACAAUGGAAGAACUUUAUGUAGCAAAUACCAUGUUUGCCCUCAGUGUCUUUAAGCAACUGGAAAAAAUAAAUUCUGGCCAGAAUAUGUUCUUCUCUCCAUGGAGCAUCUCUUCUACCCUGGCCAUGGUCUACCUAGGUGCCAGGGGUGACACUGAAGACCAGAUGGCCAAAGUGCUGCAGUUUAACAAAGUUGGUGGCUAUGACAUCACCCCGGGGACCCUACAGAACUUCAAUAUCUGUAAUUUUACACAGCAGAUACAGAAGGGAACUUAUCCUGAUGCUAUUUUACAGGCACAAACAAGAGACAAAGUUCAUUCGUCCUUCCACUCUCUCAGCUCUGCAAUCAACACAGGCUCAGGAGACUAUUUACUGGAAAGUGCCAAUAAGCUGUUUGGAGAGAAAUCUGCAAGAUUCAAGGAAGAAUACAUACAGCUCAGCAAGAAAUACUAUUCUACAGAACCAGAGGCAGUACACUUCCUGGAAUGUGCAGAAGAAGCCAGAAAAAAGAUUAAUUCCUGGGUCAAGACUCAAACCAAAGGUGAAAUUCCAAACCUAUUGCCAGAAGGUUCUAUAGAUGAGGAAACAAAGACCGUACUGGUGAAUGCUGUCUACUUCAAAGGAAAGUGGAAAACCCCAUUUGAGAAGAAACUAAAUGGGCUUUAUCCAUUCCGUGUGAGCUCGCAUCAAAGCAUACCUGUCCAGAUGAUGUACCUCCAUGAAAAACUGAACAUUGGAUACAUAAAGGAUCUAAAGACUCAGAUUCUAGAACUCCCAUAUGCUGGAGAUGUCAGCAUGUUCCUGUUGCUUCCAGAUGAAAUUGAUGAUGCAUCCACUGGCUUGGAGUUGCUGGAAAGUGAAAUAAACUUUGAUAAAUUCAACAAGUGGAUCAGCAAAGACACAAUGGCUGAGGAUGCUGUUGAAGUUUACAUUCCUCAGUUCAAGCUACAAGAGCGAUAUGAACUCAAAUCGAUUCUGAGACGCAUGGGCAUGGAGGAUGCCUUCAACAGGGGCAAAGCCAACUUUUCAGGAAUGACAGAGAGUAAUGACCUGUUUCUUUCUGAGGUGUUCCAUCAAGCCAUAGUGGAUGUCAAUGAAGAGGGCACUAUAGCAGCUGGCGGCACUGGGGCUGUUAUGACAGGGAGAACUGGUCAUGGAGGCCCACAGUUUGUGGCAGAUCAUCCUUUUCUUUUCUUUAUCAUGCACAAAAUUACCAAAGUAAUCCUAUUUUUUGGUAGAUUCGCCUCACCCCAAAUGCCUGCUCCUGUAUAAUAUUUUGUAGUAUGAGCUAGGAACUUCAGAAUUCCUUUCUCAAGUGUCGAAACUUUAGAGACAUUUUCUACAUAUUUCUUUAAUUUUGAACUUCUGCUGCACACUAAAUAUAAAAUCAAAAAUGACUAUACAACUGUCAACAUAAUUGCAUGACAAUGCUAUUAAUCAUUUAA